AUGGUUAAUGAGGAUUUACCACGUACAGGGGGUGCCCGACCGUCGCCUCCACUCAUACGUGCACUUGAUGCCCUAAGUCGUGGAGAAGACCUGACCGUUGACGACAUUGUAUCUUGGCUAUAUACAUGGGGUAAGACCACCAACCUGGCCUUGGGGUACGGACAGUUCUCCCAUAGUGCUGACCAGAACCGGGCAAGGCAGGUGGUCUUCCCCAAUGGCGAGGUGCCCGCCGCUAUCUCCUGUAGUGCCUUCCACACAGUAUGCGUGUGCCAGUCGGGCCAUGUGGCAGUGUGGGGCUUCGGUCAAGGCCAUAGGCUGGCGACCGGUGAUGCUCAGAGCCGCGUCGACCCUGUGCUGCUGGGCUCUGGAAGGUUCUCUGGAGUUCCCAUCACGAAGGCCCUAGCGUCAGUAGACAACUCGAUGUUCCUAGAUGCAGAAGGGCAUGCCUACUUGGCUGGCAGCAACAAGUUCGGCCAGUGCGGUCGAUCACUACACGUGGACGUCUGCAAGGUCCCCACCAUUGUUAAGCAUCUCACUAGUCCCUGUUGCGAUAUUGCUAUUGGGGAUAAACACUGCAUGGUGGUAGACGCUGACACUCAGAUGGUCCUGGCUUGGGGCGACAACUCUGCAGGCCAGUUAGGGGUCGACUUCACGCAGGCCAGUGUCGAACCCCAGACGGUCUCUCGUCUCAGGGGAGUUGGUCGAGUCUUCGCCAAUGGUACACUUUCGGCGGCCCUGAGGGGCAACGGUUCCGAGCUGUACAUAUGGGGCGGAGGGGUGUGCCCUUUGCCGACUAGGGUGCGGGUAGAGACCGCUACUGAGGGGAAGGCGGGCCGGGAUGGAUGGACAGUGCAGGCCAUCAGCGGGGCUGUCUUCGUCUCGAUAGCACUACCACGAGGGUCUAGUCGUAUUGUCUUAUUAUCAGCAGCAGGAGACCUCUACACUGUUGACCUACCUACUGUUAGGGAUCCCAAGCUUCAAGGUGGGUAUUCGCUGGUGGCCCGAUGUGCCCAUCACUUUGACGACGCUGAUGUGACUGCACAUAGUGUGUGCAUCUUCGGGGACCGGUGUCUAGUCCAGAUGGAGGACGGUCGAAUCUUCGCGAGUCGGUUGCGAGAUCUGACCCAAUGGGAGGACAUAGGGACGGAGGUGGGCCUCGGUCAAGCUGUUGCCAUCAGCGGGUCGCCCAGCCACGCAGUCGCCUUGGUGAAGAGCAACCUUCCAAUCAUCCCAAGGUCCCCCAGGGGUCGUGUUCCAGGCCUGCAGGUAUUGGCUCAGUGCCAACUUGCCCGAUCCGACGUCCAUAUCGGUUCUAUUAUGAAGGCGACCUAUGAGCUGUGCGUAGCUGAUGCCCUCGCAUGUGGGUUUGUGAGGUUCCCUCUACUAGUUGACUACUGCAUAGUCACUUUCCUUUGCAAUAUCCUUUUACUAUAUGCUAAGUCGCCAGACACUGUGAUAAGAUUGUUGAAGUGCCUAGCCCCUCUGCUGAGACAUGUGGUGGCGCGGCGUGAGCGGGGAGAGCUUUCUUUGUACUAUCAAGGGCUGUACGACAGGCCAGCGGAUAUUCUGAAUACCCUCUUAUCACAGGAGGAUGCGGUCCAGCAUAUGGUCAGUCAUAUGGCUGUGCUCAGGCACGAGGAGGAGGGAGCAGAAGCCGCAACGGUAGUAGAGGAGAAGCCGAAGGAGACUGGAGGGAGGGCCACCAGUGCCGCGGUGGGAGGCUCGUUGGACAGCCUUGAACACCGUCAACAGAAACGACUUGACGCGGUCGUCAGGAAACAGGAGGUCCUCACCGAAGGCGUCCGACGGAAAUCGAUCGGUGAUGGUGGUAACCGUCCUGAGUGGAAAGAAGUCCAGACGGUUCAGGCCAAGGCGGCGAGAGAGGGCCAACCGAAGAGCCCUUCUUCUGCCUCCCGAUCUCGUGCAGGUUCGGGUUGCAUGUCGUCUCCUCGGUUACGGUCGACUAGCAAUAUUUCGGACUCCGGCCCGCAGCCCCGUACGCCUACUCUUGGUGACUUCAUUUUCACGGCGACGAGGGCGCCGCCGCAGGUCCACGCGAGGUCGUGUCCUUGGGCGAGUUCGCCUAAAAAGAGUGAGGCGCGGCUGUCCGAGGUGAUAGAGGAGCAGAGGGCCAGCAGCAGCAGCUCAUCAUCUUCUGCUAGUGCUCGGUUACCUAAUGACCGUUGCUCUUGGGGCAUGGACGUGACCCCUGGCGUGCGCCGACCUAGUGCGUUGACGGCCGUGAUGGAGGAGGAGAGGGCGGCUCGGGAGGCUGUGAGGUUGGUGGAGGAGUUCGAGAGGAGUGAGCGGGAAGCUAGACGACUGGCGGCUAUCGAGGAAGCUGCGGCCCUGCAGCGACAUCAGGAGGAUCAUCCGAGACGACAGCGGCGUCCACAAGGGCAUGGUCGGCAUGGUAAGGGCAAAGGGCGUGGGAAGGGCCGAUGGGUGGAAGAUCCCCCAAGGGCACCUACUGAGACGGCCACUGCUGUGAGGAAGUUCUAUACUACUUGGCUUGGCACCUACGGCCCGCCAGAGAAGAUCGAACUGUGUGACCCUGAGGGCUCUCUGGUUUGUAUAUACGCCCAGAGAGAUGCCGCACUGUUGGCGGUGGAUUGGAUGCAUCAGAGUCGGCCUGUGGUGGCGGGGACGAGAGGCAAUGCCCGGGAUGGACAGGUUAUUGCGACGCUCGCCUCCAAUAGACGCGAACUUCACACUGUAGAUGGGCGCAAGAUAUACUCGUAUGAGGGUGUGUUGCCGUUUACUGUGACGAACGGUCAGCUCUCGGAUAGUAGAGUGACAAUGAUCAUCUGUCUCGAGAAUCUACCACCAGAGACGACGUGUGAGGAGGUCUAUGCGGUCGUCGGCAGAUUCUCUAGGUCGGUGUACAUCCCUCCGGAGACCCAGGCGGGAGGCAAAGUUAUGUGCUCUUUCCGAAGCUCUGGGGAAGCUCAUCUGUUUAUGGCUGCUGUGAAUUAUGCAUGUGGGGACGGUGCUGUGUAUUUGGCUGAGGAGACAUACCGCAAUUUCGUACCCCGAAGUUGGAUAGUAGCUAGGGUCCAUGCUUACAAGUACAAGGCCCCAUUGAUCAGGAGUAGGAAGGAUUGCCUGCCGUUCGGCCUUGGGGGCGGGCUGGACGUUGAAAGCUUCCUUUUUAGGGGGUCCUUCGAUAACGCCUCUGUUGUCGAUGGCACGCAACCAUUACAGGGCAUUGGAUGUGUUAUUGAAUAUUACGAGGGAGAGGCUGGACGCGGAUAG